ACUCCCAGGCCAUUCGUAAGGAAAGAACCUCCCUUUCAUCCAAUCGUAAGCAAGCCAUCAUCAUUUAUAUCAACUGACUCAAGAGAGGAAGACAUUGGGUGUUCUUAUUCGUCUCGAACCAAAUAGCCAGAAUCUUUUUCCCCAUCACCUAGCAUGGCUGAAUCCCUCCUUUUCAGCAUUGCACAGGGUGUGCUGGGGAAGAUCGCAUCCUCGGCGUUCCAAGAAGCCGUCGCAAUUUACAGCGUCGAAUAUCAGAUCCACGAGCUUAAAAAUACGUUGGCUGCCAUUACUGCCGUGUUGUUAGAUGCUGAGGAGCAACAGGCGAAGAACCACAAACUGCAACUGUGGUUAGGUCGGCUUCGAGACGUGUUGUAUGAUGCAGAGGAUGUGCUUGAUGAACUUGAAUGUGAAGUCUUACGGAAGCGGGUAAUUAGUCGAUAUGGGGGAGUCAAAAAGAAGGUACACCACUUCUUUUCCCUCUCCAAUCCAUUGAUACUCCGUGCAAAAAUCAGUCAUAAAAUCAAGGAGAUUAGAGAGACAUUAUCUAAAAUUUCCAUUGAGAAGAAUCAAUUUGAUCUUAAUGUGCGGAGUGUUGACAAUGGUAUGGUACACUCACGGUCACGAGAGAUGACUUACUCGUUCAUAAACAAGUUGGAUGUCGUCGGAAGAGAUGUUGAUAAACAAAAGAUAAUUGAGAUAUUGAUGCAACCAGAUAACAAAAACCUCUCAGUAAUUCCCAUUGUUGGAAUAGGAGGUUUGGGCAAGACGGCCUUAGCUAAAUUAGUUUACAAUGACGACAGUGUGAAAGAGCAAUUCAAGUUGCGACUAUGGGUGUGUGUACCUGAGGACUUUGAUUUAAAAAAGACUAUCGAUGGAAUCAUCAAUGAUGUAACUGGUGGAAACUUGAGUAACCUUGAUAUUCAGCAAUCACAAACCUUUCUACGAGACACCAUCAAAGACAAGAAAUUUCUACUCGUCUUGGAUGACAUAUGGAGCAAUGACCGUAGUAGAUGGGAAGAAUUGAAAUCUUUGCUGAACUGAAGGAGCUCAUGGAAGCAAGAUAAUCGUGACAACGCGCAGUUCAGAAGUUGCUUCUAUGAUGGGUACCCAUCCAACGCAUAAUCUAGAAGGUCUUUCUCAUGAAGAUUCCAUGGCCUUGUUCAAAAAAUGGGCAUUUGAUCAAAAGGAAAAGCAACCAUGUCCUAAUCUCCUUGACAUUGGAAAUGACAUUGUCAAAAAAUGUCAAGGAGUUCCUCUCCUCGUGAAAACCAUGGGGAGUCUACUUUACACAAAGGAUGAAGAACAGUAUUGGGCCCAUAUAAGAGAUAGCGAGAUAUGGAAGUUAGUGGAACAAAAGAAGGAUGUUCUGCCGGUGCUUAAACUUAGCUAUGAUCAUUUACCGUCCUACUUAAAACGUUGUUUUGCCACAUUUUCACUUUUUCCUAGAGGAAAAGUAUUCCGUGGCGAUGUGUUAAUUAUGUUAUGGAUCAGUUUAGGACUCAUUAGUUCAUCAACGAAAAAACUAGCAUUGGAAGAUGUUGGUGUUGACUACAUCAAAGUGUUGUGGAAGAGAUCUUUGAUCCAAGAAGUUGAGGAGUCCGAAUCAAUUUUAAUGUUUAAAAUGCACGAUCUAGUCCAUUCUCUAGCAAUGAUUGUGGCUCAAGAUGAUUGCUCUAUCAUUGGCUUAGAUACCGUAGAGAUUUCGGAAAGAGUUCGGUACAUUUCAUUCUCCACUUAUUCGUUAGAGGGAAUCUCAAAUUUUGAUGGAGUCCCACCUUUUCUGAGAAAGCCAACUUCAAAGAGGCUCCAUGCAAUUGAUUUCAAUUCAAUGUUGAUGAUGGAGUUAUUACUAGAGAGUUUGUUGGAACAUGCAUCUCCAAAUGUAAUCACUUACGGUACCUAGAUUUGCGGUUUGGUAAUUUUGAGGAGCUGCCUAGUUCCAUAUGCAACUUGAAGCAAUUGAGGUUAUUAUUUCUAGGUGAUAACAAGCGAUUGAAGAAGCUUCCGGAUUCCAUUUGUGAGCUACAAAGUUUGCUCUACUUAUACCUCGAUGAUUGCUCAGAGUUAGGUGAUUUACCCAAAAAAAUGAAGAGGCUCAUCAGCCUUAGACAACUAAUCGUAACAACAAAGCAAAUGAGUUUGCAAGAAAGUGGAAUACAAUACCUAGAAAAUCUGGAAUUGUUGGGAUUUCACAAAUGCCAAAAUCUCCGAGUUUUUUUGAAUGUGCUUGCCGAUUGACUUGCCUUCGAAAAUUGGAAAUUAUAGAUUGUGUGGGACCAAUAUCUCUACCUUUUGUGGAAUUAAUCACCCUAGAGUCCUUGGUAAUUAUUAAUUGCAAGCUCAAGUUGACCCAGGAUAACAAGUCCAAGUUUCCUUCGAAUCUCCAUACGCUAUCAAUAACUAAAACUGAACAAGUGGUGGAGUUGCUCCAAUGUCUCGAUGAGUCUGCCUACACUUUGGAGUUUUUGCUGUUUAUGACUGCCCAAGAUUUACGGUUAUACCAGUAUGGCUGCCCAAUCACAUACGUCUCAGAGUAAUUCGCUUGAUCCGAUGUCCCAACUUAUCAUCUAUACCGCAAGAAAUCCAAUUCCUCAUUGCUCUCAAAGAAUUACGCAUUGAAUAUUGUGGUGAACUAAGCGAGAGAUGUCGACCAACAAUUGGCAAGGAUUGGCCCAACAUCGCUCACAUUCCUCGAAUCCAACUUGAUCUUGAAUGGGUACAAUGGAUGGAGGAUUAGAUGAACUCUAACGAUUUAUUUGCCGCGGCAUGUGGAUGUACACUCAGCUAAUCCUUCGUCAAUCUCUUUCAUUUUCAUGGAUGAAAACAGUGGCUAUUGAUAUUUUUAUGUCUUUCUUUAUUUCCCCGAUUGAGUGUGGUUCUUUGUUAUUAAUUUGUGUUUGUAUUGCAAAUUUCUAUAUGGAAGAAAUGCCUAAUUUGUAUUGUA